AGGCGGCUCUUGGAGCCCCGACCCAGUGCGGACAGAGAAGGCAGCCUCUGUGAGAGCAUCGAGUAGCUUAGCCUGGGUCUGCGAUCCGAGCACGGGACCUAGUCCAGACCGUGUCUGUGUGCGAGUGGACGGCUUCCAACACGAUGACUCUAAAUGGCGGCGGAGCAGGAGGGAGCCGCCGGGAGCGCGAGCGCCGUCGGGGCAGCACCCCCUGGGGCUCAGCACCUCCGCUCCACCGCCGGAGCAUGCCGGUGGACGAGCGCGACCUGCAGGCGGCGCUAGCUCCCAGCGCUUUGGCAACGGCUGCGGCAGCGGGGACUCGGACCCAGGGUCCGAGGCUGGACUGGCCAGAGAGCUCCUCUGAUUCGCUUAGCUCAGGGGGCAGCGACUCAGAUGAGAGUGUUUACAAAGUGCUGUUGCUGGGGGCGCCUGGCGUGGGCAAGAGCGCUCUGGCGCGUAUCUUCGGUGGUUUAGAGGAUGGGCCUGAAGCCGAGGCCACAGGGCACACGUAUGAUCGCUCCAUCAUGGUGGAUGGAGAAGAGGCAUCGCUCAUGGUCUAUGAUAUUUGGGAGCAGGAUGGGGGCCACUGGCUACCUGGCCACUGCAUGGCCAUGGGGGAUGCAUACGUCAUCGUGUACUCAGUGACAGACAAGGGCAGCUUCGAGAAGGCCUCAGAGCUUCGGGUCCAGCUGCGGCGGGCACGGCAGACAGAAGACGUACCCAUCAUCCUGGUGGGCAACAAGAGUGACCUGGUGCGCUCUCGUGAGGUCUCCUUGGAUGAGGGCCGGGCCUGUGCAGUGGUUUUUGACUGCAAGUUUAUUGAGACCUCGGCUGCGCUCCACCACAACGUCCAGGCGCUGUUUGAGGGAAUCGUGCGCCAGAUACGCCUGCGCAGGGACAGCAAAGAGGCCAAUGCACGUCGGCAAGCAGGUACCCGGCGGCGAGAAAGCCUUGGCAAGAAGGCGAAGCGCUUCCUGGGCCGCAUCGUAGCUCGCAACAGCCGCAAGAUGGCCUUUCGUGCCAAGUCCAAGUCUUGCCACGACCUUUCAGUGCUCUAGGCCUCAAGGCCAUGUACGGUGUUGUGCAGACAGUUGGGCAGAUUGGUGGGCUGGCCCAGCAACUGCCCUAGGGGGGCCUCGGGGCUGGCUCAGACUCGGGUGUCCCCCACCUCAUGGCCACAGGCAGGCAGUGCUGCCCGGGGAGGUGGCUUCCACUGGCCAUUGAGGGCAGGGCCCAAAGAGGUGCUUAGGCCGGCCCACGUGAGUCCCAAGCAGCAGCUGGAGGUCAGCUCAUGGGACAGGGCUGUGUGUGGGGAGAGGAUUCUGCCUUUCUCUCCAGCCCCAUGUGCAUGCCCCGGAGGGUGGCUGUCCAGUGCAGUGGCGAUUUGUUUACAGGCAGAUUUUUGUAAUAAAGUCUAUUUGUUGAUAGGUCAA